UUAACUGUCAAACGUCAGAAUAAAAAUUGAUAACGAUUUUAACCUCAACGAUUUCAUUUAAUAAAAUGAGUCAAAUCGAACAAAACGGUGAAGAAUCUCAAUUAACAAUGGGGCAACCGCUCAGCGAUUUCCUAUUACAACUGGAAGAUUAUAAUCCGACGAUUCCGGACGGUGUAACGGCCCAUUAUUUGCGUUCGUCCGGAUUGGAACCGAAAGAUCCGCGUUUGCUACGCCUAAUUUCAAUCGCAGCUCAAAAAUUCAUUUCGGAUAUUGCAAAUGAUGCUUUGCAACAUUGUAAAAUGCGCACCAGUAAUUCAUCGUCCAGUAGCAGUUCGGGGAAUAAUUCGAAAAAUGCGAAAGGUACUAAAGAUAGAAGGUAUUGCUUGACGAUGGAAGAUUUAACACCAGCGUUAUCCGAGUUUGGCAUUAGUGUUAAAAAACCACAUUAUUACGUUUAAAGUUUAUUAAUUUAGAAGGAAAUUUGAUAUUUAAGUUUCAAUACUUGAUUUGUAUUAAUAAUUUUUGAUUUAAUAAAAAAAAUAAUACAUUAAAA